UCUGCUUCUCCAUGUUCACGUUAUUUGGUUCUUCACUUACGCCCGCUUCAGUUAUAUUUUUCAUACGAAACAUGGCGAGACUUUGUUGCUUCUCCCAGUUUUUAUUUCAGUUUUUAGCAGUGUUUUUGCUGACCUCGGAGUCGAGUCUCAUCAAAGUUUCACCUCAGAGUCACUCAGUCGCCGGCGUCUUCAUGCCCAAUAAAGAAGGAACUUACACCUUGAACUUCACUGCAGCCAGAGCAACCUGCCUGUUUCUGAAUGUCACCAUGGCAACCAGAGCCCAGAUGGAGCGAGCAGUACAGCAUGGACUAGAGACAUGCAGAUUUGGCUGGAUAGCUGAACAGAUCGCAGUUGUGCCACGACUGACAUCCAACAACAACUGUGGAAGAGGCAAAACCGGAUUGGUGACUUGGUCUGCACUGGCAGAUAGAAAAUUUAAUGUCUUCUGCUUUAAUGCAUCAGAUUUUGAGGAAACUCUGAAAACAUCGACAACAGGCCCACAAUCCUCCACGUCUUCUGCCACACUGACAACCUCAACCCUAACCUCAAGACCUACCACACCUUCGGUCAGAUCAACACCUCUGGUCAGAUCAACACUUGUGGUUAGAUCAACAAUCAAGCCAACCAGAAAGCCAAUUAUUACUGAAUCCCCUGAGCAGACACCCUUAACCUCUGCUCCCCUGGUCCAGACAACACCUUCAACUAGGAUUCCCUCCUCCACCCCCUCUUCCCUUACCCCUUCCUCCACCCAUAUUGCUGCUCCUCUUCCUCACCUUAUCACCUCAAAACCAACUAUAGUCAGUUUUGCCUUUUCUACUUCCGGUCAUGCCUCCAACAUCUCUCUUUCCUCCGAGUCAGUGCUGUCACAGUCUGUGAGCUCUGCAAAACCUUCUCUAGGGGUUGUACCUACUGCACUUGUUGUUGUCAGCAUCAUUAUCCUGCUCCUGACAGCAGCUGGUGCUGUGUGGUACUACACAUUGAAAAGGAAUAUUUUCACCUUUUGGUCUCAGGGGCAGCAGAGAGACGACAUAGAGACGGAGAUGUGGAAGCACACCAACAGUGAGAUGAAUCUACACAGCCAGGGUGGAGCAGAGGAAGACGAUGAAGAAGAAGAAUCAUACAGGAAGUACUCCAGUGAUAUCACGCUGUGUGUGCAUCCAGGUAUCAAAGCAAACUUUUCAGAGUAGCCUCAGGACAUUUCUUUAGGUGCUUUGUGAAAGUUAAUAGAAUGAUAAACAGCACUGAUAUAAGCCAGUCUAUGUCUGAAAGUGUUAGAAAUGCUCUGAUUGGUAUAUUAUCAAAGUAAUUGUAAAUAUGCACAUGGUGUUCCUUCUUGUUCAAUUAUGAUGUUGUUGCACUGCAGGAUGAAUUUGGAAUCUAUCAGAUGCCUCCCUGAUAGGUUUGUGUGAUCUAAAGAUCUAAAGUGCACAAAUCUUUUGAACAUUAUUGUACUUAUUGUGUCCUUUUUCUAUAAACAUAGUUAUUGAGAUUGAAAAGCUGCAGCUAUCCAGUGUUUGCGUGCAUAAGCAUAUGAAUUUCCACUUUAUGUAUUUUUUUCAUAAAUCUACCUAAUUUUAUAGGUGUAAAGUUUUAUGCUUCAUUCACUGACUAUACAUAAAGAUCAAUGAAUGCUCUGUGGCGUCACCCAUAGGUAUCCCGGAGAUCAGUUAUAAAAUGUUGUGGCAAGCUGUUGCUUUUCCCAGUAGAGUUAGGGAGCUGGACUGACAAAUGUCUGUAUAUAAUUGAUAUCUUUAUAUAUUUCAUUCUUUAAUUGCACAGUACUCCUUUGUGUCAAGUCUCUUUAUACUUUCCGGCAAUACCAGUUGUCAUAAAUGUGAAAAUCAGUCAUGGAGAUCAAAACUGCUUUUUUGUGUCAGCUAUAAAAUUGAACAUCUUUUCAUGGGGGUCAAUGGGAAUGAAUCAUUUUUUGAGCAAGCCUCAAGUGGACACUAAAGGAACUGCAUUUUGGGGCACUUAGAUAUUUAAUUUUUCAGUCCUAGAGGUUGCUGCUCGGAUUCAUUUUUGGUCUUGAGAAAGCAAGAGGUAUUUUCAACUUUCACUCACUCACUCAUGUGUUUUAAAUUUUUUCACUUAUAGAGUAAAAAACGAUAUAAAGGUCAUAAAUAAAAAUACAAACACA